AUGUACUACAACCAAUUCAGUCCUCCACCACCCCGGCCAGAGCUUCCCUUCUCCAAAGGCAAUGGCGGUGCCGAGUCCUGGGUGCAAUGGCUGUUGGAUUCGAACGAGAUCCCCGCCUAUCUGGCCGCGGAGCAAGCGUUGUCCAUUAUGGGGGCCCCCAUUCGAUGCCAUUUCACGGCAUGGAUUGUCGCGGAUUCUGGUAUAGAUCGGGCAGCAGAGCUUAUUGCUGCUAAGGGUCGGUUCCCCCCGUGCAAGAACCCUGAGCGGCGCUAUUGCCGUGCAGUCAGGGAAAUUCCAUUCGAGUCGACCCUGCAGUUUCCCAUACCCGCGUAUCAUUUCCAUACCGACUACCGGUACCCGGAAGAGCAUGGCGACGACACCAGCCAGACUGGACGGAUUUUCCUCUACCGCCAGUCCCAGGUUCACUCACCCAUGAUCCCGGGACCCCCCAUCGGGUCUCUGAGGGAUCUGCAGGGCAAUGAGAUAUGGGAUGACAACUACAUGACCACCUCGAGCCCGGAGCAUCAAGGUACUAGGCUCACCGGUGGAGCCCGUUUGGUCCUCAACUUUCGAGGGCGCCAGGAUCCGACUCAGUACCCGGUCAAAAUGCUCCGGCCUGGGAAAUUCCUGCAGAACGUCAUCCAUCUUUGGCUUCGUGACUUUGGGUACGCCAUGUCUGACUGGUGGAACUACCAGUACGAGAUUCUCAUGAUCUUUGUGCUCAAACGACCCAUCGGGCCUCGAUUGGUGAACUACGAUUGUACUAUCGGCGAUCUGGCAGAACCCUUCAUGGACUGGGUGACCAUGCCUCGAUCCAGCGAUACUGACGACGAAUCUCGGGCGAAACGUGCAAGAAUCCGGCACGAGUUUGGUCGUCUCUACCUGGACCUCAAACGGCAGGGAACACUUGGUGAGCCGAUAAAAUCCAAGUGGGAUGAUGAUCGAGUGCCUUGGACAGUUUAUUGGAAGCUCAAAGCGUGGGGUGUCUCUGUUCACGAUCUCGAGCACGAAAAGAGCGAAUGGGAUGUUGUGGAAUAUGAUCCUGACCGUGAGAAUAUGUAG